AUGAUACCAGUAAUCGUAGGAGCUUUGAUACUGUUGACCUACUCACUACGGCUCCUCAAUCCAUAUCGCCCACAAUGGACGAAACCGAUUCUACGGGAGACUAAAGCAGAGUCGGAUGAGCUCGACGAUGCGCCUCGCCACCAGUUCGCAUGGUCGACUUAUGGGUUACUAGUGAUCGCAUCGACUGGCCUCAUUCAACAGGUCAGCAGCAAUUAUCUUCCAAUUGCUGUAGCGACAGUUUCCGGGUUCCCUUCGCUUGCGUGGGCUAUCGCUGUCGCCAUCAUUGUACUUAAACGGCCAAGAACUGCUUCGCUCUCUUUGCUGUUCCUAUUCGCCUCAACAGUACUUGCUGAAGUCGCAAUCAUUCUGUCGAACCCAGGAGGUGCCAGCCUUGCUUUUGGUCCUGUUCUAGCGUUUGUAGGUAUCAUUGUCAUCCUCAACAUGCCUCUAAGGGACCCAAGUCUACAGAGUGACGACAUCAGCCCUGUUUACGGCCCGCCUACGGUGAAGCUUAGGACUCCCGAGGAUAACUUGACCCCACUUCAGUACAUGACUGUGUCUUGGAUGGGUCCUUUGAUUGAGAAAGGAAUCACACGAAAGAUGGACGACGAAGAUGUGUGGGAUCUUGGCUGGGAGUUCAAGCACGCACGGCUCCACGAUGCUUUUCGGAAGCUGGAAGGCUCUGUAACCCGUAGGGUGUUUGUGGCCAAUGGUAUGGAUGCUUUGCGUACAACAAGUCUUAAUCUGUUACGGCUUUGUGCAACGCUCUUAACACCAGUCCUACUGCAACAGCUCUUGGGUACAAUGAAGGAUCCAGAAUCCCCGCGCAGCGCCACGAUCACAUAUGCAUUCAUUUCUUUGUUUGUGCGCCUACUAUCGUCACAAUGUGACGUCUUCAACCUCUGGUACCAGCGACGUGCAUAUGAAAGAUCUCGAGGUCAGUUGAUCACUAUGCUAUACGAAAAGACCCUUAACCGCAAGAUCCUCGGGGCGAAGCAGGAAGCCAAGGAGGAACCGCAGAAUGGCUUCACCAAUGGUCAUACUAAUGGCAGUGUGAAUGGUCACGCAGACGGCGAGACCAAUGCAGAGCCCAAUGGUGAAGUUAGUGCAUCCACUCAGCCAGUCAAGACCGCGCCUCAAAGCAGACUGGGAAGACUUUGGUCGCGUGCACGAUUGCUGUUAUCAAGGAAGAAAAAAGAGGACGCAAGAGAGGAAGAAAGCGCUGCCGCUUCUAUGGGCAAGAUUCUCAACCUGAUGCGCAACGACGUUUAUGAAAUCGCACAACGCUUCUGGGACUUCUCCGACAUCGUUAUCAAGCCACUUGGAGUCAUUGGGUCUACUCUCCUCAUUUGGAGAAUGCUUGGUUGGUCAUGCCUGCUUGGUGUCCUUGCACUUGCAGUGACCCAGGUGCUCAGCGUCAUUGUUGCGCGUUAUCAGGUAUACUUUGAGAAGAAGCGUAGAAAGGCGACAGACGAAAAGCUACAACGAACCACACAGUUCAUUGAGUCUAUCCGACACUUGCGGUGGUAUGGCUGGCACGAGGCAUGGCUCAAGGGCAUUCUCGAGUCUAGGCAGGCGGAGCUGCACCUGCGGGUUCUGCAGAUCAUCUUCAACACGUCGCUGGCUUUCAUCAUGAGGUUUGGAUCUGGCCUGUUCCCAGCUGUUGCAUUCUAUGCAUUCACCAAGUUGGCUGGCAAGCCACUCAGUGUCGAUCUCAUCUUCCCUGCGAUCGAUCUGUUCAUAUUGCUGGAGUCGUACCUUGGCGCCUUGCCUUCGCUCGUCACGACGCUGCUCAACGCUUACAUUGCGAUGGGUCGAAUCGAAGCCUUCAUGGAUGAGCCUGACAAGGAACAAGCUGCUGUGGUCCCCGAAGGUUCUGAUGACCUCAGCCUGCAGAACGCAUCCUUCGCUUGGCCUGGGGUAGACAAGAACGUACUCGAGGACAUCACUCUAUCAUUCCCGCUGGGUCUGACUGUCAUCUACGGCGAGGUUGCUGCAGGCAAGACUGCUUUGCUUCAAGCACUCCUUGGAGAGCUCGACAAGUCCGCUGGAGAACUCACUCGCCCCGAUCAGGUCGUCGGAUAUUGUGCCCAGACGCCAUGGCUACAGAGCAUGAGCAUCCGCGAUAACAUCCUCUUCUCAGAGCCUUAUGAAGAGACUCGCUACAAACGAGUGCUGGAAGCUUGUGCGCUUAUACCCGACAUGGUCGAGUUCAAGCACGGUGAUCUAUCGAACAUCGGCGAAAAUGGCAUCGGAUUGUCAGGCGGGCAGAAAGCCCGUGUAGCGCUUGCCCGCGCUGUAUACAGCAAGGCAAAGGUCUUGUUUCUCGAUGAUCCUCUUUCCGCAUUGGAUCAUCAGACUGCUGACUUCAUUGUCCAUAAGCUGCUCGCGAGCUCAUUGGUCGAGGGUCGCGUGACGGUGCUGGUUACACAUCGAACCGAGCUUUGCCAUGAUCUGGCGAAGCAAUGGGUUGAGCUUGACCAUGGACGGGCGACCAUCCAUGAACCUACAAAGCAGGACGACAGGAACGCGCUGAAGAGAGCACAGACGAACGAGUCACUCUCGGAAGAGGAAGCUAAGAAGCGAGAGGAGGAGCAAGCCGCAGCCAUCCCUGACAAGUUCAUCGAAGAUGAACACCGAGCUGAAGGCGGCGUCAAGUUGAAGGUCUACUGGCGUUACAUCAAGGCUGGCACACUGCGAUGGUGGGCCAUAUCGCUCGUUGUCAUGGCGCUAUUUCGGUUACUAGAUGUCGCCGAGACUUGGUUCAUCAAAGCCUGGGGCGAAGGCUACGAUGGCAAGCACAGGGACGGUGUAUUUGACUUCCUGCCGCCACCUACCGAGGAUGUUGUACCGUGGCUGUGGGGCUUCUUCUUGUUUGUCGCUGGCACGGCAGUGCUGUUCUGGUGGACCAACCUCAUCAUGUUUGGUGUCGGAUACCAUGCUGCGAAAGCUAUCUUCAAAGAGGGGGUUGAAAAGGUCGCGCACGCGACGUUCAGGUUCUACGACGUCACACCGGUUGGACGGCUCAUGAACCGAUUGACAAGCGACAUGAACACAGUGGACGGUGGCCUGAGCACUGCGUUCACUGUCUUUGGCUGGCAGAUGAUCGGUUUCGUCAGCUGCAUUGUAGUAAUUCUCUCCUCGACGCCAGCGUUCCUCGCUUUCGGAUUGCUGCUAUGCUGUGGAUUCGUUUACAAUUUCUACCGCUUUCUGCCAACUUCGCAGAGCUUGAGGCGCCUGGAGAUGGUAUCACUUUCUCCACUCAUGUCCAACUUCGGUGCUCUUGUCGAGGGCUUGACCACUGUCCGCGCCUUCAACGCUCAGCCACGAUUUCAGGCUCGAGUCAUCGAGGUCGUUGACAACUUCCAGAAAAAUGAUCAUUUCUACUGGUCACUUCAAGCUUGGCUGUCAUUCCGAUUCAGCACCAUGUCGGCGAGCGCGACACUUGUCAUGACACUUAUUGCUGUGUAUACGGGUAUUAGUUCGGGUUUGACAGCCUUCGUGUUGGUCACAGCCUCCAGGUUCGUUUUUUUCACCGAGUACAUGUGUCGAAUUUACGGUCAGCUGGAAAUGCAGUUUACAAGCGUGGAACGCGUCAUCGAGCUUCUCGACCUUGAUCAGGAAGCCCCAGGCGUCGUUGACCCACCUGCCCACUGGCCUACCUACACCGGAGACAUUACUUUUGAAGACGCCACUAUACGCUAUGCAGAAAAUCUUGAUCCUGCGCUGCAGAACAUCACCCUCACCAUCCCAGCUGGAAGCAACACUGCAGUCAUCGGCCGCACCGGCUCCGGCAAGUCCACACUCGCGCUGUCACUCCUAGCCACAAUCGCACCAGAAAGUGGUCGUAUCCUCAUUGACGGUGUCGACAUCUCCACCGUCAAAAAACAAGCACUGCGAAGCCGUGUAACUUUCCUCGCGCAAGAGCCCGUUCUCUUCCCCGGCAGCAUGCGUAAGAACCUUGACCCACUGGAUGAGUACUCCGACGGCGCAUGCGAAGCCGUGCUCGCCAAGAUCGCUGGCAACCACGGCUGGACACUGUCCACCAAUAUCGAAGGCGGCGGCAAGGGGCUGUCACAAGGCCAGAGACAGCUUGUCGGUCUUGCGAGAGCGAUGCUGAGAAGGAGUCCGGUGCUGAUAAUGGACGAGGCCACGGCCAGUAUUGACUUUGAGACUGCGCAGCGCAUUCAAACUGUGUUGAGGGAAGAGAUGAAGGAGAGCACGGUGAUCACGAUUGCGCAUCGCCUGGAAGCGGUGAAGAAUGCGGAUUACUGUGUUGUGCUGGGGAAAGGGAGGUUGAUCAAGGCGGGAAAGGCGGAGGAUAUGUUGAAGGAGGGGAGUGAGUUUAGUGGGAUGCUAGCAUAG